AUGGAUGUUCCUAUAACCAACGAAGAGCAGAAAAAAGGUAAACUCAAUUUUUCUUUGAAAAACAAAACUUAAACUUUCAGAAUGUCCAACUUUCGGUGUUUCGUUGGAAGAAAUGAAUGAAAAACUUAAAAAUUAUAUUGAUUCGAUUGAUCCAAAUGAAAAAUAUCCAGAAAAUGUGAAUCGAUUGAAACCUCAUCAUAUUCGAGUAAUUGGUGCAAUGGGUGAUUCGUUGACAAUUGGAUCAAGAGCACAAAAUAAUUUCGAAGAAUUUACGCAAAGAUAUCCAGGAAACACUUAUUUCACGGGAGCUGAUUUUGAAAUUGAUAAACAUUUGACUAUUUAUAGUAAGUUUUGUUUUAUUGAAUAUGGCUCGUAUUUUCAUUAUAAAUAAAUAUUCUCAGAUAUAUUCCGAUAUAUUUCAUCAAAAACUGGUAGCAAACUUUUACCUGGAAGUCGAGGAAUUGAUUAUGGAACAAAUACAAUGUUCAAUGUUGCUGUUAGUGGAAUGACAUGUCGUGAUAUACCAAGACAAGCUGAAGAAUUAUAUUCGAGAAUUGCUAAUAAUUCUGAUGUGAAUAUCGAAGAAGAUUGGAAAAUGAUUGUUUUAUGGAUUGGAACAAAUGAUGUUGGAACAAUUGGAAGACGAGAAUUCGUGAGUUUUUGCACUUUGAUUGUAAAAAAAUAAGUCAAGGUUUAGAAACCAAUAACUGGUGAAGAAUACAAAUCUCAAAUUGAAAAAGCUUUGAAAAUACUUAAAUCAAAACUACCAAGAACGAUAGUUAUGAUUGUUGGAGCAUUUCAACCUGAAUUAUUGAUUGAAGCUGAAUUUAUUAUGAGAGAUGGGUAGGGUAUACAAAAAAACAAAUUGAAAAAAUCUUAUAUUUUUUGAAGAAAACGACCGAGAGAUAAAGCUAAUCAAGAUCACAUUGAUAAGAUUUCAAAAGAUUAUCAAAAUGCGGUUUUCGAAAUUCAAAAUUCUCGAGAAUUUAACGAUGAAGAGUUUACUGUAGUUGUUCAGCCAUUUGCCACAGAAUAUAAACAUCCAUUGAUUGAUGUAAGGUUUUUUCCAAAUUCUUUGAAUGGUUUCUCUCAAUUAGGUUUUCAGUCAUCUGGAAACUACAGAAAAGAGUUUUAUGCAGUCGAUGAAUUUCAUUUGAGUAAACUGGGUCAUGCUGUUGUUGCCAAAUAUCUAUGGCAGAAUAUUUUUGAACCAGUUGGUCAAAAAACAACAAAUGCAUCACUUGAAGAUUGGAACCCAACAAUUCGACAAUUAACAGAAAGUAAUUCGCUCAUAAAAACAAUUGAUAACAGUGAUGUUGAUUGA